GCCGCGCGCAUUCCAGGUGUGAUUUGGCCGUUAUCUAGCAAGCACUAAUCCUUCUCCUCACCGGCCGGUCGGUCGCCUCGUCUGAACAGGGUCAGCCAGCCACGCACCGCCGCCAGCCGCCCGGCGACGUAGCGUCCCCUUCACCUGGACGACGAUGGCUCAGCGCAAGGCCGCGCGCGCUGCCGCCGACGCCGCCGUCCCGCCCGCCAUGCCGGAGCCGGACAUCGCCGCGGAGCUCCACGCCCUAGUGGCCUCCUCCACCUUCCCCGCGCCGUGCAUCGGAGGUGCCGCGGCGGCGAGGGACGACGCCGGGCGGAGGCGGCCGCCGCUCGUGGUGAUCGGGCACCGCGGGAAGGGGAUGAACGCGCUGGCGUCGCCGGACCCGCGGGUGCGCGGCGACGUCAGGGAGAACACGCUCCGCUCCCUCAACGCCGCCGCCGCCAGCCACCCCACCGUCGCCUACGUCGAGUUCGACGUCCAGGUCACCAAGGAUGGCUGCCCGGUCAUCUUCCACGACAACUUCAUCUACACCCAAGAAAAUGGCGAGAUCUCAGGGAGGCGCGUCACCGAGCUUCACCUCGACGAGUUCCUCUCCUACGGGCCCCAGAGGAACCAGGAGAAGGCUGGGAAGCCGCUGCUCCGGAAGCUCAAGGACGGGAGGAUCCUCAAGUGGGACGUGCAGAAAGAAGACGCGCUCUGCACGCUGCGGGAGGCGUUCGAGGGCGUCGACCGCCGCGUCGGGUUCAACGUCGAGCUCAAGUUCGACGACGACCUCGCGUACACGGAGGAGGCCCUCACCGGUGUCCUGCAAGCCGUCCUCAAGGUUGUCUUCGAGCACGCCGACGGCAGGCCCGUCAUCUUCUCCAGCUUCAAGCCCGACGCCGCGCUGCUCAUCCGGAAGCUGCAAGACAAGUACCCUGUGUACUUCCUGACGAACGGAGGGACGCAGAUCUACGCGGACCCGAGGCGGAACUCGCUGGAGGAGGCCGUCAGGCUGUGCGUCGCCGGUAGCCUACAGGGGAUCGUGUCGGAGGUCCGGGCGAUACUCCGGCAGCCGGCGGCGGCGGCCAAGAUCAAGGAGGCCGGGCUGUCGCUCAUGACCUACGGCCAGCUCAACAACGUGCCGGAGGUGGUGUUCGUGCAGCACCUGCUGGGGGUGGACGGCGUCAUCGUCGACCUGGUGCGGGAGAUCGCCGAGGCCGUGUCAGCGUUCUCGGCCGCCGCGCGGGAGCCGAGCCCCGAAAGCUGCGGGGAGGUUGAGAGGCUAGAGACGGCGGCGGCGGGGACGCCGAGCUUCUCCCCGCGGGAGAUGUCCUUCCUGCUCAGGCUCAUCCCCGAGCUGGUGCAGUAGCGUGUUUCUAGCCUAAUCCAGGUUUGACUCGCUAUAGAGUAGUCGUUGACUCUGCAUGUAACUCGCGUCAGCCCCAAAGGGGCAGAGGAUCAGGCAUGUAAUUUCCGAAUUGUAUAGAAUUUUGACAAAACGAACAUGUACUUACAA